GGGUGCGGCACGCGAUUGGCUGGCGCCGGAACGAUCUCCUCCGGGGUCGGACCUGGGCGGUGUGGACGAGGCCUCGGGCGGCGGCGGUGCAACGGCUCGAGGCAGUGUGAUGGGAGAUCGUGAACAUGGACUUUUCUCGGCUCCACAUGUAUACGCCUCCUCAGUGUGUGCCUGAGAACACUGGCUACACGUAUGCACUCAGUUCAAGUUACUCUUCUGAUGCUUUGGAUUUCGAGACUGAGCACAAACUGGACCCCGUGUUUGAUUCUCCGAGAAUGUCCCGCCGUGGUUUGCACCCGGUCAGCACAGCAUCCGCCACUGCGGGUGGCCAGGCUGGGGCCGCUAAGUCCUGCACCAGCAGCACUGUCACCCUGAGAGAGAGAGUGACCAGAACAGCGAGGCAGCGCGGCAGUGCAGGCAGGCCGGCUCUGAGGGCCCCCCAGGCCUCACGGAGGGUCGCGACUGCUCUGCGGCCCCCUGUGCUGGACGAGUCUCUGAUCCGCGAGCAGACCCGAGUGGACCACUUCUGGGGUCUGGACGACGAUGGAGACCUUAAAGGUGGAAGCAAAGCUGUCAUUCAGGGAAACGGUGACGUGGCAGCAGAGGCCGCCAAGAGCAACGGCUAUACCUGCAGCCGCUGCAGCCUGCUGUCGGAGCGCAAGGACGCGCUGACUGCCGUCCCCGCCGCCUGCGGGGCCGUGUCGAGGGUUUACUCGAGGGACAGGAAUCAGAAACGCGGCGCGUCCUUCUACCUGGAUAGGAUUCUGUGGCUGGUCACGUGCACAUCGUCAUCUUUCUCGUCAUUCUUAGUUCAACUUUUUCGAGUGGUUUUAAUGAAGCGCAAUUAUGAAUCAGAAAAUUACAAAUUGAAAAGUUAUGAAUCAAAAGAUCACGAAUCAGAAAGCUAUAAGUCAAAAAGCCAUGAAUCAAAAGCCCAUUUCGAUCCCUGUGGCCGGAGGAAUGUAAGAGCGUUUCUCAGAGAGGACGGGCACCUCAGUGUGAAUGGGGAGGCACUGUGCGACGACUGUCAGGGGAAGGAACACCUGGAGACGCCCACAGCCGUCCACCCACUGUCGUCGCGGCUGCAGCGGGCGGCAGGGAGCACCGGGAGCGCCGGUUCUCAUGCAGGUCACUUCCUGAUGCAAACGCUGCGCAGGAUUGGAGCCGUAGGAUGGUGUGUGUCGGAGAAGCUGUUGUCGGCUCUUUGCUUGGCCAUGGUGGCUCCAGGGAAGGCGGCCUCUGCGACGUUCUGGCUGCUAGGGAGUGGGUGGUACCAGUUUGUGACUUGGAUUUCCUGGCUGAACGUUUUUCUUCUUACAAGGUGCCUUCGAAAUAUUUGCAAGUUUUUAAUCUUGCUCAUUCUACUAUUACUUUUACUAGGUGCAGGCCUUUCGUUAUGGGGCCAGGCUGACCUCCUUUCUUUCCUACCUGUGGUAAACUGGACACGUGUGGACAUAGCACAGAGGGUCGAUGAUCGCAUGGACACGCUCACCCCUGGGCCCCUGAGCCCGCCUCUGCAGAGUGGCGACGAGGCUAUUCGCUGGCGUGAGAUGAGUGAAGUACAAAGGCAGGUGGCGUCUCUGUCUGGACAGUGUUGGAGCCAUGACGAGAAGCUUAGAGAACUGGCGGCUUCGCUUCAGAAACUGCAGGCACAGGUGGACCAAAUGGACGGCGACCGUGGAGGGAUGUCACCCUUGGCUACAGACGUGGGAGGGCCGCACUUAAAGGACGUGAAUGCUGACGGACCGGUGGGCUCUCAGCGUGAACUGCGCAUCUCAAACUUGGAAGACGCUCUUGGAAAGCUGAUGGAAAAGUAUGAGGCCGUCCAGAGGGAGCUAGAGCAGACCACGCUCAGGACAGCGAGCGGAGCCGAGGACGGGCAGCGCCUCCUGUCUGCGGUGAAGGUGCUGGAGCUGGAGCUGGGCCACCUGAGGUCAGAACUGUCCCAGCACCUGGAAGGCGGCUGUGACAAGGUGGAUGCUGCCGUGCGUGACAGAGUAGACGCCCAGGUCAGAGAAACUGUCCAGCUCCUACUUUCUGACGACCCGCAGGCCGUGUCCCUUGAGUGGCUGUUCGACAAGCUUUCGUCUCGCUUUGUCAGCAAGGACAAUCUGCAGGUCCUACUACGCGACCUAGAGCUGCAGAUACUGAAGAACAUCAGCCACCACGUGUCUGUGACGAAACAGCUGUCAGCUCGGGAGGCAGUGGUGUCUGCUGUGAAUGAGGCAGGGGUUUCUGGAAUCACAGAGGCGCAAGCGCACGUCAUCAUAAACAACGCCCUGAAGCUGUACUCCCAGGACAAGACUGGCAUGGUGGACUUUGCCCUGGAGUCUGGUGGUGGCAGUAUCCUGAGCACGCGCUGUUCGGAGACCUACGAGACCAAGACGGCACUCAUCAGCCUGUUUGGGAUCCCGCUGUGGUACUUCUCCCAGUCGCCCCGCGUUGUGAUCCAGGUAAGCGGCAGGGUGGGGGCCCACGGUGCCUGGUGCACUGGCGCAGCCCCAGCAGCCCUCAGGGCAGGCGCGGCGUGCAGCAGAGGCGCCGCUUCCCUGUCAGGACCAAGGGAGGCAGUCCUCGUGCGCUCAGUGACCAUGUGGUUUUGCUUUCAGGGCCUGGAGAGCGAGUAUGAGGAGGAAGGGCAGCUGCUGGGCCAGUUCACCUACGAUCAGGAAGGGGAGUCCCUGCAGAUGUUCCACGUGCCGAAAAGACCUGAACGAGCAUUCCAAAUAGUGGAACUUCGCAUUUUUUCUAACUGGGGCCAUCCCGAAUACACGUGUCUCUAUCGGUUCAGAGUACACGGAGAGCCCAUCAAGUAAAGAUGGGCCACGCCGUUCUUGUACAUUUUGUAUAUACUGGGACAGACCGAAACACUGGAUCCUUCCUGAAGGGGCUGAGGGAGUCUCGGCAUCACGUCGUCUGUAAAUAAUCGUCAGUCAGUGCGGGCAGCAGGACCGGGACAGGAAGCAGGCAGCACUGGCCACCGGCAGAACCGUGCCGAGUGCCUGGUGUACAGACGUGCGUGGCCAGAGGCCGUCUCGGAAACGCACCUGAAUGUAUGGUUCAAAGACACCUACUUUGUUUUGGGGGGGGGGUUGUGUUUAAACAUAAAGCUCUUUAUAUUUGUAUUUUCUUGAUGUCAGGAACAAAGCAAAUGAAGUUACAAGGUUUGAAGUGUUCUUGACGCUUUCAGUGUGGCCCCUUUGAAGGACUUCUGGGGGCAAACAUGUUUUAUCUUUUCAGUCCAGCACACAUUUCUUUCAGGGAGAAACCGUGUCACCAAAUUUUAAAGCUCUGAACUCUUUCCCUUAGGGUAGGGCUUUUCCUUUAUUCAGUACCGGCAUUUACUGGAAGUCACCAGGUGGGAACAAGACUAAAAUGGGUUUUUCUGCUAGUUUGCUCUACUUCUUAGAAAGAUUUUCAGAGUCUGGAGUCGGCGUGCUAAUUUCCAUUCAGGAACACGGGAGAGUAUUGUUUUGUUGUAGGUUGAAGUGGGUCUGAUUGGAAAGGGGACGGUCUGGAUCGAAGCCGGCACAUAGAGUUCUCAGGUCUCCUCCACGAGGCUCGUCCCAUUGGGAUCACCCUGGAGUUUUCACCUCUCACUACAAAUAGGAACCAAGAAAUCCAGCCUUUUGGGUGUUUUCAGGUUUCCCUUUGGAUUUUGCUGACAAGCAAGCACUAACGUGCUCCCAGUCUCACGGCGGCUACGCUGUCAUCAUCCCACGGACGGUAUCAGGAGGCGGCAGCGAGGUCAGGUCCCCAGGCCAGGGCGUCCUACAGCAGCACGUCCUGCUGCCUCUGGUUGGCACCUGCCUUCCGUGCGGCCAUCGGCCAUUGGCACUUAAUUCCUGUGACUCUCAUUUUGGUUAUAAUUAAUAUUUAAUAUUGAGAUUGUUUUACUGAGCAGACUUUAUAAAUGAGAUAUCCACGAGGCACUGAAAAUGUUAUGGAUGUUUUAACCUUAAAAUUAUUUAAGUUUUAUUGGGUUAAGACAGCUUCUUGGUGUACCAUGAAUGUUGUAUUUUCAGAAAAAGAAAAAAUGACAGUGCUGACUGGUUUUCUGAAGUUUUACGUAUAUUGCACAACAGUCCUCAAAUACACAAAAACUACAUAAAGUAGCAUUUUUUUCACUCUAGAAUUGAAACUAAUGCCUAUGCAGUUAAGUUGGAUACAGUGUACACAGAUGUUUCAUAUAUUACAGGAUAAAUGUAUAAAUCAAAAUUUCCUGUGUAAAACAAUUUGGGAGUUGGGUUGGAAAUAUUUUGAAUAUUAAUUUAUUUUUAAAGAUGCAAGAUAGGACUUUGUGCAAUGUAUUUUUGUAAAUGCUUUUCAAAAUAUUUGUCUUUGGUAGUGCUUCUUUUGCUGCCACCAAAUUGAUAAGAUGCUAUUGAAAUGUUUAAAUAAAGAGUUUUAAUUUUUAAAAUGCAUGUGCUAUUUCAGAUGAGUAAUAAACAGUAUAUUUCUUUUC